AUGCAUUCUUCAACAACGACUACUUAUCUUCAAGAGCCCAGUACAAAGAACGAUCAAAAUGGAAACGCGAGUACAAUUGUAAGAAUUUUGAAAUUAUCUCCUCAAAAGAUGGUUCGAUGGGAUGAAAAUACGAUUGAUAACGAAAACGCAAAAAAGAAAUCAUCAAAAAUUUGUUGCAUAUAUCAUAAACCAAGAGAAUUCGGCGAAAGUUCAGAUUCAAAUUCAGACUCAGAUUCAUCUGACAGUGAACAUAAUUGUGAUUCUUGUUCAAAAAAAGAUAACCAGAAGAAUGAAGCGAAAGAUGAAAAAGAAUUAAAAAACUAA